CCCGCAGCGCGCGCUCCCCUCUCUCUCUCUCUCUCUCUCUCUCUCGUUCCAUCCGCCGGUUUGUGCGCUCCGCAGCUCCGAGCCGCUCCUCGUGCGGUUUCUCCUCCACAAGACGAGUCUUCUUCCCCCCCCUCCUCCCUCACUUCUCCUCCUCCUCCUCCUCUUCUUCUUUCCUCCUUCGCCUUCUCCUCAUCAUCCGCAGGACUUUUGACUUUUUUUUUUUUAGUUUUUCUCUUUUUGCUGCGUCUCGUCCUCCCACAGAGCGGUUUGCCUAUUUUUGGAUCAGUCGUCGCGGAGCAGUGACAAGAGGUGGCUCAACUUUUGAUGGAAAACAAGAGGUCGGGCGACUGCUGACUUUAAAGGUGAUAGUGAGCAGAGGUGCUGAGAAUGAUGGACCAUCUCAGCGAGGCGUGUUUGGGCAAGGAGAACUCCGAGCUGGUCAACAGCAUGGCCGAGGCCAAGGCCCCGCCGGCCAAGCUGCUCCGGCUGGAGCAGAACGGCAGCCCCCUGGGCCGAGCCAGGCUGGGCAGCACCGGGGCCAAGCUCGCCGGGGUCCCCUACAAACCCACCGGCCACCUGCUGAAGACCUGCCACAAGAGGGGCAACAUGCUGCCCGUGUUCUGUGUGGUCGAGCACUACGAGAACCCCAUGGACUUCGACAGCAAGGAGGAGCACGCCGAGUUCGUCCUGGUGCGUAAGGACAUGCUCUUCAACCAGCUCAUUGAGAUGGCCCUGCUGUCACUGGGCUACUCCCACAGCUCGGCGGCUCAGGCCAAAGGCAUGAUUCAGGUGGGGAAGUGGAACCCUGUCCCCCUGUCAUACGUGACAGACGCACCGGAUGCCACAGUGGCCGACAUGCUGCAGGACGUCUACCACGUGGUCACGCUUAAGAUCCAGCUCCACAGUUGUCCUAAGCUGGAGGACCUGCCACCUGAGCAAUGGAGCCACUCUACAGUAAGAAACGCCCUCAAGGAGUUACUCAAAGACAUGAAUCAGAGCUCUCUGGCUAAAGAAUGUCCCUUAUCACAGAGUAUGAUUUCCUCCAUUGUGAACAGCACUUACUAUGCAAAUGUGUCGGCGGCGAAGUGUCAGGAAUUUGGGCGCUGGUAUAAACAUUUCAAGAAGACAAAAGAUAUGAUGGGCAUGCGCCAACCCUCCCAGCUUGAGGGCUACCUGGGUACGUGUGUCCUCCGUGAGAGCCCGCGUGCCAAUGCAUUAGCUGAGAUGGACGGCCUGGCUGACCUGUCCCCCCCCAGCUCCAACCACAACCACAAUCACCUGGGCUUCUCCCAGCAGCAGCAGCCCAUCCCCGGCAGCACGGCAGAACAGACCCCCUCCUCGCCGGUGCCGCCGCUGCCUCACGCUCCACCAUCACACGGUGGUCAGACAGGAGGCCGGCAGCCCCAGAUCCCCGGCAUGCACCACCCGGGCCUGGUGUCCACGCCCAUCAGCCCCCAGCUGGUCAACCAGCAGCUCGUGAUGGCACAGAUCCUCAACCAGCAGUAUGCAGUGAACCGGCUACUGGCGCAGCAGUCCCUGUCCCAGCAGUACCUCAACCACCCACCAGUCAACCGCAGCUCCCACAACAAGCCCCUGGAGCCCCAGUUGGGCUCCAACACGGAGGUGUCCAUGGAGAUCUACCAGUGGGUGAGGGACGAGCUGAAGCGAGCGGGCAUCUCUCAGGCCGUCUUCGCCCGCGUGGCUUUCAACAGAACCCAGGGCUUGCUGUCUGAGAUCCUGCGUAAGGAGGAGGACCCGAAGACGGCGUCCCAGUCGCUGCUGGUCAACCUGAGGGCCAUGCAGAACUUCCUGCAGCUGCAGGAGAUCGAGCGCGACCGCAUCUAUCAGGACGAGAGGGAGCGCAGCCUGACCGCCGCCUCCGCCAUGGGCGCCGCUCCGCUCAUCAGCACGCCGCCCAGCCGCCCUGUACAGCAGCCCCGGAGGGAAGACUGCAACAGCGUGAGGCCCGAGGACUGGAAUCCCCGGAUCCCUGUGGGCAUUUCCCCUGUGAAGCCGUCGCCGCUGCCGAGCGAGUGGAACGGAAAGACGGAGAGCUGCAUCCUCAACAUCAACUCCACCAUCUACGACGAGAUCCAGCAGGAGAUGAAGCGGGCCAAGGUCUCCCAGGCUCUGUUCGCCAAGGUGGCCGCCUCCAAGAGCCAGGGCUGGCUCUGUGAGCUGCUCCGCUGGAAGGAGGACCCGUCCCCGGAGAACCGGACGCUCUGGGAGAACCUCUCCAUGAUCCGCCGCUUCCUGAGCCUGUCGCAGGUCGAGCGCGACGCCAUCUACGAGCAGGAGAGCAGCGCCGGGCAGCAGCAGCACCACAACGAGCGGCCGUCCCACCUGAUGCACAUCUCCAGUGACCAGCUGCAGGCUCAGUCGCUCCAGCCCCAGCAGCAGCACCAGGCCUCCCUGUCUCUCCAGCACCCCUCCCAGCCCCUGUUGUCCCAGCAGCCUUUGCAGCACCUGCAGCCCAACGCCGGCCCCCGGUUGCCGCCUCGCCAGCCCUCCACGGCCUCCCCGGCCGAGAUGGAGGACGAGUGCGGCCGCGGAGGGGGCAUCAAGGCCCGCACCGGCGGCGGGAAGAUCUCCCUGGAGGCUCUGGGCAUCCUGCAGAGCUUCAUCCAGGACGUGGGCCUGUACCCGGACGAGGAGGCCAUCCACACGCUGUCGGCCCAGCUCGACCUGCCCAAGCUCACCAUCAUCAAGUUCUUCCAGAGCCAGCGCUUCUACGUCAACCACCCGGCCAAGGCGUCCAAGGAGCCCGGGAACAACCACCACCACCACCACCACAGCAGCACGGCGGCCACCACCAACACCACCAGCAGCAGCAGCAGCAGCAGCAGCAGCAGCAGCCCGGCCUUCGGGGAGGAGCUGACGGACUUCCGGGAGAGCGGCGAGCUGCUGAAGGAGCUGGAGGAGGGCACGCAGACCAACAACACCAUCUUCUCCAUCAAGAUCGAGGAGCAGCUGGGCCGAGGCGCCGAGGCUCAGUGCGAGGCCGAGGCCAAGGAGUAGGACUCCCCACCCCCCCACCCCCCCUGUCUGAACGUCCACUGAGAGUUCCCCUGUGCACACACAGACUGACUGUGCUGAACCACCACACUGCAAGAAGAGAGAGCAGUGUUUUUUAAUCAGUACAGACCCACAGACUGUACGAGGAGUGUUUCUACUGUAUCAGCUACAGACACACAGACACACUGGAAAACCCAUUUCAGAUUCAAGUACUACUUUUUGGAUUUUGUAAAACUUGUAAUAUUCACUGUAAAGACUGAUGCAUCGUUUAAAUAAUCUGCACAAAAAAAUAUUCUAAGUAUGUUGCCGUGGAUAUUUGCUGACUGCACUCUAUGUCUGUUGUUUUACACUGACUUACUUUAUCUUUUUUGAGCUACUGAUUAUUAUUAUUAUUAUUAUAUUUAAAAAGAAAAAAGUCGUGCCAGGACUUUGAAUAGGUGUUUACGUACGUGAUGUUUAACUGGAUUUUAAAAGAAUAGAUUAAAAAAAAAAGCAAAUGAAAUUGAGGACCAAGUGGUUGACAAGGCCUUAAUGAGAGGUAACUGGUCUGGAGCCUGCUGGCAGAUCAGCUGUUCUGAGAAUGGGAUCCCCCCCAACCCCCCAUCCCCCCCCAGCCCACGGGCGUCUCCAAGAACAGCUCAGUCUUUACGUAUUAUUUGUUAGGGAGGAAAUAUAAAUCUAUAUAUAUAUAAAUAUAUAUAUAUAUAUAAACAUAUAUUGUAACUGUAAAAAAAAAAUACAGUCUUAAAGAAACUAUGCCAACAAAUGCCUUGUACUAUACGGCACUGCCGAUGUUAGAUUAUUUUGCAAAACCUUUGUCACUGUAACUUUCUGAAUUUCCACACAGUUAGAAAAUGUGAAUUCCACCAUGUGUGUUAUGUUGUCCGACUUUAUUUAUUUGCAGUUGAUGCAGUGUUUCUGAUGUAAUUACUUUUUUUGAAGUUUUUAUGUUCCGUAGCGCUUUCCUUUUUUUAAAACUCCACCGAUCUUUCAUUUGUUUUUAUUUUUUUUUGUUUUUAUUUUAUUUUCUAUUUAUAAAUGUAAUUUCGAUGGGCAGUAAAAACAAAAAGUGUCUUAAACGUUUUAAAUGGAGAAAUGUGCUUUAAAGGUUGCCUAUAAAAAGUGCUGUAUGUCGAGCAACCUAUGCUACAAGCUUCACGAUUUAAUGUUGUAUGCAAAUUUUUACUAUCAUGCAAAUAAGCUUAGGUAAAAUGACUAACCUAUAGAACACCUUAGAGAGAAAAACAUAUGCAAUCCGUGUGAAAAAUCAAUGUCUGCGAUGUGUCUUCCUUUGGUUAACAAUCCAAUUCAAAAGAAAAAAAAAAAAAACUAUUCCUGUAUAAAUAUCCUGUAUAAAAGUGUUUCCUUUUUUUAUGAGUUGAUUUCGAUGAGAACAGUUAUUUUGUUACGACUGUUUUAUAAGUGUUUCCUCGGUUCCCUCUCUUCAGAAGCGUUCUAACUAGAAGUGGUUAUUGAUUGUUGAUUACACAAUUAAACUGUUUGUAUUGUACCACAGAUUUUUCUUGGCAUUAACUCGACCAGACUCUUUUGACACCAGAGGCUUUUUUUUUCUCCUCCUCUUCCUCCUCUUCCUCCUCUUCCUCUGGAAACAAGAAAAAACACAAGGAGCGAUGUAAAUUGUUUUAAAAACCCUCUGCUGAGAUUCCGGCUCCAGACUCAUUCCGCUGAACACGUUCUUUGUAAUAACUGUAAAUAUCACAUCUUAUGAAUCAUUGAUUGUUUAUUACUCUAAAUAUAUUUGAAGUUUGUGCAGCAGCAGCAGCAGCAGCAGCUCACCGUGGAGGAUCUGAAGUUUCUGGGCCCGGUUCUCUUCUCCUGCUUCUUCACUGCUCCUGCUGAGUGUUUCUGAAGCACCUGUGAAAAAGAACCUGAAAUAAAGAGAUGUUUGGGAUGUGAUCACCUGGAGGAACGCAGCCGUCUGCAGGGCGUUGGAACGCAGGUGUCCCGACCUCACUGUGAACCGCAGGUGAGGCCGGGGAGUCGGCACCUUGAGGAAGUUUCCCUUCGCCUGUUAACACCCUGACAAAAUGUGCCAGUCUCUCCCGGCCGGCGUUUCCUUCAUGUUCUGCUAUAUUCCUCUUUUUUCCAUGAAUAAAAAAGCCAAGAGUG